CACACUCUAGAACACGUACUUCAUUAUUCUGGGAGAGCGCAUCGGUUAAAACUUGGAUAACACGAUGACCCCGCGCCCCAAGUGACUGAGUAGGUAGCCAAGUGACCCUGGAUAACCGUGGGUUAUGUUCGCUUGUGUACACUGCGAAGGGGAUUCGAAGAAGCAACAGGAGCGGAUUCCGAGUGGAAGAGUAAACCCGCUGGUCGACAAACCGGCCCUGGACCCACCAACAUGAUCGAGGUGCUGUGCUUGCUGCUGGGCAGGAUUCUGCUGCUGCUGAUCGGCGGCUACGAGCUGAUUUGGCGGCUCCGAGAGCGACUGAAUGCACUGGUGGUCAGGCUGUCAUAUGACCUGUGGCGCAGCGCAGCGGCACGUGAGCUGCACGAACGGCGCGUGCUCACCGAUUGCCGCUCCCAGUUGACCAAGACGCCGCAGCAUCUGGUCCUGGUCAUCUCACCCACGGACGCCGGCGUGGAUGCAGUGCUCCUGCGGAGGAUCUUUGACUUUGCCCUGGAUGUGGGCAUCAAGCAUGUCAGCUUGUAUGACAGGCGGACAAAAGACAAGGGCUAUGUGGAUUUAGCUGAUAUUUGUCGGUCGAGCAGCGAGGAACAAGGUGGCUCCUUUAAGUGGCCACCGACUUCGAGUCCCAGCAAAGCAGAGAAUCCGCCCAAGAACGGAGAAAAGACAAAUGGUUAUGUGAACGGGGCAAACGGCUCACAUUCCACCCAACUGCAGCUAUAUCAAAUCAGCGCCGCCGACGGCCAUGCCCUAAUCGCCGAUGUCUGCCGAGAGCUGUACGAAGGCAGGGAGACGCCAGUGGUGCAAAAUCUACUCAAGCAAAAGCGCGAGGCGCUCACGGAGCAGAUCAGCGACAUGCUGAACAAGCGACUCGGAUUCGUGGCCCCGGAACCGGAGUUGGGCAUCGUGUUCGCCCGGCAGACCUGCACCUACGGCCUGCUGCCCUGGCAUGUGCGCUUCACCGAGUUCCACACUCAUCCCAGUGGACGCCACUUCAACGUGGAGACGUUCGCCAACAUCCUGUCCAAGUACUCGAGAUGCGAACAACGAUGGGGCACGUAGACGCCCGGUUUUGAGUGGGAAACGAAACCCUUAUAUUAACUAGUUACCUUAACUAUAUGUAAAUUAUCGCCAGGAAUUCCUCUAGCUCGUAAGAAUAAAACCGCAAAAGUGUAUUGUUCGUAA